GAAUAGCACUUUCCACUGCCAAAUGGAGCAAAGUAAAUUCCAUAGUUUAGCGUCCUGGAAUAACAAUUUCUAAAAAGAAAAGGAAUAUUAAGAACACUCAACGUGGUAUUGAACAUAGGAAAUGAUCUACAAAGAUGAAGGUUGCAGUGGAAGGGUGCUGUCAUGGCGAGCUGGAUAAGAUCUAUGAGAGUAUCAGUUAUCUGGAGAAUAAAGAAGGUGUGAAGGUGGACAUGCUACUCUGCUGUGGAGACUUCCAGGCCGUAAGAAAUGAGGGAGACUUGAAAUGCAUGGCGGUGCCGGCCAAAUACAGACAGAUGCAAACUUUCUACAAGUACUACUCUGGUGAAAAGAAGGCCCCUGUUCUGACCAUUUUCAUUGGUGGAAACCAUGAGGCAUCAAACCAUCUGCAGGAGCUUCCGUAUGGAGGCUGGGUGGCCCCCAACAUCUAUUACUUGGGUUAUGCGGGUGUUGUGCGCUUUAGAGGUGUACGGAUUGGCGGUCUUUCUGGAAUCUUUAAAUCCCAUGAUUACAAGAAAGGACACUUUGAGUUCCCACCAUACAAUCAAGAAACCUUGCGCAGCGUGUACCACAUAAGGAACAUUGAUAUCUUCAAGCUUAAACAGAUCAAGAUGCCCAUAGACAUUUUCAUGACGCAUGAUUGGCCGAGAGGUAUAUAUCACUACGGCAACACAAAUCAGCUUUUGAACAAGAAGAAGUUCCUCAGACAGGAGGUGGAGAGCGGGACCUUGGGCAGCCCGGCUGCUGCAGAGCUCCUAGAGCACCUGCAGCCCAGUUACUGGUUCUCGGCUCACCUGCACGUGAAGUUUGCUGCAAUAAUGCAACACCAGGCUAAGAAUAAUGCCGCCCCAAAGAUCACCAAGUUUCUUUCACUUGACAAGUGUCUUCCACACAGAGACUUCCUUCAGAUCGUGGAGAUACCCGACAGACCAGGCUCCUCCGAGCAACUUGAGUAUGACCCAGAGUGGCUGGCCAUCUUGAAAGCAACAGACAGCCUCCAGAAACCAUCCUGCAAAUUCUGGCACCCCCCGCAGAACAAUGGUCUACAUACCCGGUGGGACUUCAGUGCCUCAGAGGAAGCUAUGAUGGAGGUUGUGAGCGAUUUUAGUGGUGACCUCUCCAUCCCUGAGAACUUCAGCCUGACAAUUCCUGCCUAUGACCCCGGCCACCCUCAGCACAAUGCCCACCCUGCCUACUCCACCAACCCCCAAACCACAGAGAUGUGCGCUACUCUCGGCCUGACAGACAUCUACAUCCUGAGUGGGCAGAGUGACCGGGAGGGGGGUACCACCGGUGCGACUGAAGAGGAGGAUGAGGACAACCGGAGCACGGGUAGUGUAGAUGAACCCAGUGAAUACCCCACUGACACCUCCGUCCUUUCCAACUCCUACAACCCUGAUGAAAUCACCAUCGAGGAUGAAUGGGAGGAAGAGGAGGAGGGGUUAGGAUGUGCAGAGGAGAAAUGGACUGAUGCAGUAGUUCCAGAAGGGCAGGUGGGGGGUAAGGACAGCGAUAGAGACAGCAGCCCUUUGCGAGCGACGGCCAGCAGACUGAGCUUACCACCCCCGUGCGCUGCUCCAGAGCCUGCACUGCGCUCCCCGUUGUCUCUCACUCUUCCCCUGCCCUCUAACUCCGCAUCCCUCUCUCAGGGCAGCUCAGAGGAGGAGAGGGACUUUACACCAGCCAGGAUCCCCAAACGCACCAGCGGGGAGACAGCCGGGCCAGUGAUUCACUCAGGCGGCACACCUCGAAUCAAACGAAGAAACCAGAGUAUCUACACGGCAGUAGAUGAUGAAGAGAGUGAGGGGUAGAUCAAUGAAUGCUUUCAUUUUUUAAAUCAUUAAAUUAAACAUUACAUUUGCCACGUAGUUUAGGGAUUUAAAGCGAUAGUCAUUUUCUCACCCUCAUGAUGUUCCAGACCUCUACAACUAAUUCCAUGGGACACAAAAGAUGUUAGGAAGAAUAUUAGGGACUGACAGCCUCCGCCAUCAUUGCAUCUUUUCUUUCAUCCAUUGAAAGAGAACAACAGGAAGUCAUAUGUGUUUGAAUGUAAUGCAAGAAUCAGUGAUUUCUUUUAAUCUUUUAUUUGUCAUUCAUUUGUAUUUUGCUUUGUGACAAGUUUUAAUGAUGUUGUUUAUUUUUAGCCAAAUAUAUUAUGUCACCAGUUGUUUUCUGGAUUCUUUUAUUUUGUCGUGAUUAACCCAGCUUUACCAUUCUGUUUUAAAUGCAUAAAUUAUUUGAUUUUUUUUUAUGUUGAAUUAGAUACUCCUAUCCGAGUACAGGGAUCCUACUCCUUUUGACUUUUACUCGUUUGUAAACUGCAUUCACAUAGCAGGGGCUGCAAGACACCUUUCUCAAAUUCCUUUAUUGGGAUAGUUCACCCAAAAAUGACAUCUCUCCUCAUUUACUCGCCCUCAUGCCAUCCCAUGUGUAUGACUGUCUAAUGCAGAACACAAACUAAGAUUUUUAGUGAAUAGUGACCAGAAAUGUGAAGCUCCAGAAAUCACAUAAAGGCAGCAUAAACAGUCCAUCAGACUCCAUGUGGUGUGGAUGAGAAACAGAUCAACCUUGAAGUCCUUUAUUAUUAUCUAUUUUACAUUAAUAGUAAAGGACUUGAUCUGUUUCUCAUCCACAACUAUCAUAGAACUUCUGAAGAUAUCAAUUUUACCACUGUAGUCAUAUGGAAUAUUUGUAUGCUGCCUUUGUGAUUUUAGGAGCUUCAAUUACUUUUUAUAUGUAUAGGGCAUUUCACAACACAUCAUUUCCAAGCAGUUGUACAGAAAUGUUUACGAUAACAGAAAAUGAAGCUGUAAUGUCUGUGAUGCCUUUGUCAUCAUUGUGCGGUUUGAUGAAAACAUGAUUGUAGAUUAUGCCACAUAUCUAUAUCCACACACUAAUGAGCCAAAACAUUAUGACCACCUGCCUAAUAUGCUGCUAAAACGGCGCCGACAUGCCGAGGCAUGGACUCUCAGCAGUGGCCAAAAGUUUUGGCAGUGACAUAAAUUUUGUGUUUUGCAAAGUUUGCUGCUUCAAUAUUUGUAGAUUAUUUUCUCACAUGUUUCUGUGGUAUACUGGAAAACAAUUAUUACUCUUAUUAGUGCUCAGAGUUGAUCACAGAUUGUGGGCUUCUGCUUGUCCACUCGCCUUUUGAGGAUUGACCACAGGUUCUCUAUGGGAUUAAGAUCCGGAGAGUUGUCUGGCCACGGCUCCAAAAUUUCAAUGUAAUGAUCUCCGAGCCACUUCAUUAUCACUCUUGCCAUGUGACAUGCUGCUCCCUCAUGCUGGAAAAUGCACGGAUCAUCUCCAAAUUGCUCCUGGAUGGUUGGGAGAAGUUGCUCUUGCAGGACGUUUUGAUACCAUUCUGUAUUCAUGGCAGUGUUUUUGUGCAGGAUUGUGAGCGAGCCCACUCCCUGUGAUGAAGAGCAACCCCACACAUGGAUGGUCUCAGGAUGCUUCACUGUUGGCACAGGGCUCAUGGUAGUGUACACCUUUUCUUUUCCGGACGAUCGAUUUUCCAGAUGUCCCAAACAGAUGGAAGGGGAAAUAACUUUGCACCAGUCUUCUGCUGUCCAAUCCUUGUACUUCCUGCAGAAUUUCAGUCAGUCCUUGAUGUUAUUCUUGGAGAGAAGUGGCUUCUUUGCUGCCCUUCUUGACACCAGGCCAUUGCCCAAAAGUCUUCGCCUCACUGUGUGUGCAGAUGCCCUCACACCAACCUGCUGCCAAUCUUGAGCUCUGCACUGGUGGUGACAGGAUUCUGUAUCUGACUCCUCAGGAGGAGAUGGUCCUGGCACCUGCUGGUCACUCUAGGACGUCCUGAAGCCUUCUUCACUGCAGUUGAACCUCUCUCCUUGAAGUUCUUGAUGAUCCGGUAAAUGGUUCUUUCAGGUGCAAUAUUCCUUGCAGCAAUUUCCUUGCAUGUGCGGCCAUUUUGAAGCAAAGCGAUGAUGGCUGCACGUAUUCUGUAGAGGUAACCAUUGCGAACAAGAACACAAUGAUUGGAAGCACUUCUUCCCUCCUUUCAUAGCAUCAGUCUGCUCUUAUAAUCCAAUCAGAAUGAUGGAGUGAUGUCACCUGACUAGUGCUCGCUCACACUUUCACAGGUGCUGCUGAUAUGAUUAGUGAAAUGAUGUUAGCUGGUCAUUUUGUGCCAGGGCCAAAAAAACCUGAAAUUUUGGUUUUUGUGAUAAAGUUAAUAUUUUUGGCCAUUGACGCUUUUUGCAAUUAUUUAAAAUGCAUUUGAUCACUCUGCACAGUAAUCUAGAAACGAUGUGAAUCAACACCACAACAACUGA